GCAGCUCUGGCUGUGGAGGCGACUGUGCUUCCCUGAAAUUAAUUUUUACUUGUACUUCUUUUUUGUCGCCAUUCUUCUCGCAGUGCGAAUGACAGUCCGUGAGGGACACAGGCGACUUUCAUGUAGUGUAAACCAUCGAAGAAUAGACUCCAUGGAGGUCGUGGACAGCCCGCUCAAUCUGGCUCAUCAGCAGUGCAGGAAGGCAGACCGUUUGGUAGCAGCCGGAAAGUAUGAAGAGGCCAUCAGCUGUCACGGAAAAGCAGCAGAUCUUCUGACGGAUGCUAUGAAGACAACAGAGUGUGAGCAGGCUCGUCUAUCCAUGGAGCUGCAGAGAGACAGUCAUAUCAAACAGCAGCGACUCAUCCAGGAGCGCUGGAAGAGAGAGGCCCGUCGCGAGGCAACGAAGGCCCGAUCCGGCCCCGCUCAGCCCUCCGGCAACCCCACCCUGCACCCUCAGACCCAGUCCACAGGCCCGCUGCAGCCCCACGGCCCCCCCGGCCUCUCAGCCGCAGAGUGCACAGGAGGCAGGGAGAGAGAGUACGACACCUUGCUCUACCAGCUUCAGACCCGGCAGGCCGGAAGCUACUCGCCCAUGACUCCGCCUUGCCCCGGCUCCAAGACCACCAAAGAUGACAAAACCCGCCUGGAAGAACAACAGACCAUCAUCGAGAACCUGCGGCGCCUCGUCGACCAGAUGAUGAACGACAACCAGCAGCUGGCGGCCGAGAACGAGCGGCUACGAUCGGAGAACGGCCGGCUGCGCUCAGAGGCGGCCGAAGCGGCGGACUUUGUAGAGCGAUCGGAGCUGUGGGUGCUGCCACCGGCGGGAACGGGAGGAGGGCAGGAGAGGAAAAGCACCGGGAAAGGGAAGGAGAUCGCUAUCCCACAGCUGCCACCGCUGGAGAUGCCAGCUCAGGAAGAUCUGUGUCUGGAUGAUCUGCCUCCUCUGGAGCUGCCAGAGGACGUCCGGAAUGAACUACUACAGGAGCUACUGGACAGGGAUAAACAGUGAUAAGACACAUAGUCAAAUAAACAACACACACACACAUACACACACACACUCAACCAUGCCAACAUCUGAAACCCCAGAAUAACAUUAAAGGCCGCGUUCUCCCUCACAGGCUGUCUGAUUUGACCUCCGCUCAGCUGAAAGAUGCACACGAGCACACUAAACUCUUAAAAAUGAUAAAGGUGUAAUGUGCAGCAAAACAACAAUAACAGCAGGAGCGAUGGAGAUGUCAAUCAUAUGCGCUCCAGUCCCAGGAAAGAGGUCUAAUCAGGCUAAUCAAGUGGAAACAGCUGUGUGGGUGCUACUACCACUAAUACACACAGGAAGACUUCACCCACUACUAAACUGUGGUGUUAUUAUCUGCUCCUACAUAAUGAGAGUGGGAACAGUGAGGUGUGUGUGUUUGUGUGUGUGUGUUAAUAUAGCAGACAGUGAGCUCAGUAUCAGCCAUCAGGAAGACAACUGAAGUAGACAGGAACAUGUUUUUGAGACUUUCAGGUACUGUCUGAAAAUAGCCUUCUAAUAACUCAGAGCAGCCGGAGCAGCACAAUAAGUGUUCUGAAGCUUAACGGAAGUGUUUUGAACUCAUAAAUCAAAUAGCUAGAAACUGCUAUAAAUAUUGUACUGAUCAGAAAUGUGUGUUUUGAUCUAAAUGGUGAAAACAAACAAAGACAAGCACAUACAGACUUCAGUAUGACUUAGUGUGCUGCAGGAGCUGUGUUGAGUAAACGAGGAGUUAUUUUCUGUCCUUUGGUGCUCUAUCAGAACAUGUGGCUGCUACUCUCAGUUGUCAUGGAGAGUGAUGAAAAUCAAGCAGCACCAUCACACUCACUGGGUGUUACACUGACACACACACACUCCCUCUAGUACUGUUUCUAGUUGCAUGAAGGCGAGCGGAUAAUGACUACAGCUUAGUUUUUUGGAUGAAUAAGUGAACCCCAUCCAACCCAACAGUACACUCUCUCAUACAUACAUACAUAUUGCUGUUGUUAAAGAAAAAACUUCAAUGAAAGGCUUCAUUCAUCAUUUGUGUGUUUAGUGAAUUUUCAGGAGCAGGUCCUUUAAACCUGGAAACAGCUGUUUUUUUCUUUUUUCCCCCUUUUUUUUCUUUGUUCUUUAAUCUGAUGGUUUUUUGUGCAACAACAGCAAUACACACACACACACACACACACACUGACAGCAUGAACUGAAACGUGAGGGGAAUGAGAAUGAAGGCUGGAGCACACACAGGUGAUAGAAGCUUGCACACACACAGUCACUGUUCACACUGCAAGCAACCAAGUUGAUGUGUCAGUACUGAUUGUAAUAAUGCAGGAUGAUAACAGUGAGACUUUGAAUCCAUCACAUCACACAGCAGUGCAUCUGAGAGCAGAUUUACUUGUUAGGAUUUUAACUACUAUUAAAUCCUGCUUUUGAUCACUGUGCAAGUAGAAUAAAAAAUAACAACAUAAUAAUUCAGCUCUGACGAACCCUGUUUAGAUUUGUAUUUUUCAACCUUUAUAAAUCAGCUUUAUACUGAUUCAGAACCAGGUUUCAGGUGUCAUCCUUACUAAAGACAGUGUAUGUAUCAAUACCUGGUAGAAGAUGACAGGCCAUUUUCCAACACUGUGUAGUUAUGAAGCAUAUCAGUUGGUACCAUAAAGUGGACCCCCAGUAAUGAUCAUACAGUUACAGUUUCAGGUCUCUGCAGGUUGGUUUUCAUACCUUACAGUUUAAGUCCUAGACUAAAACAUGUAAAAACUGCUGUGGUUUUUUUAAAGCUACGUUCAUCUAUUUUUUUGUCCACCAGGGGGCAAAAAACCCUGACUAAGGUUAAAAGAGACAGCUCUGGUAAAUCAGCAACUUCUAAAUGUUUUCCAGCUUACACUGUAGCUCUAACACAGUACAUGAGUUAAUCAGAGACUGUUCACUGCAAACAAGCUGCCUGCCAUAACACCAACAGUCAGUGAUCAUUCUCUGAUGAAGUACAGAUUAGAUUCAGGUCUUGAAUGCAGCUUUAACUGAACCACACAAACAUUCAGUGUGUAGCAGUAACAACUGCUCAAACAUCCUCCCAGUUCAGGCGUGUGAUUGGCUGCUGUCAGCUGAUGUAGGUAACAAUGAAGAGAAGGAGUGGAGGUGACUUGUUGCUUGCAGUGUGAAUGCAUGUGGCAUGUGCAUGCACAUACUAUCACACACUCUGAGGCAUUUGUACAAGCUCAUGGACUGACACUUAGUAUAUUUCCUUACUGGAACAAUAAUGAAAUGCAGCAGUAGCUGCAAACAGGACAUUAUGCUGCGUUCACGACCUAUGCAAAAUAUGAUAGAUCCACAUUUUCAACUAUCAAACACUUAAUAAAAAUAGUUCCAGCUGUUAAAUACUAAAAGAUGUUGAUUAGUAAUGAUCAGCAUUAGGAUUGAAGCUAAUGCUGACGUGUGGACAACUGUAGAAAAUAAUGUUUUCUUUCUAAAUAAAGUUAACCGAAUACAUGACUUUCA